GCCGCCCCUCCCCCCUCCGCCGGCCCCUCCCCCGGGGCACACCUUGAGGCGGCGCGGAGGUACCCAGCGGCCGCGCUUCCUCCCGCGGAAGGACGGAGAGGCAGGAAGGCGGGCAGGCCGGAGAGACGGCCGGCCCGCCCAGGGCUCCGCCUCCGCCAGGCCCGGAGGGCGAGAGGACGGGCGGGCGGAGAAACAGGAGCCGCCGCCUCCGGGAGAGCCAUGCCGGCCCCUGCCCCGCCUCGCUCCCCGGCUGCCCCAGCCGCCGCCGCCCUCGGCCCAUAAGCGGCUCUUCGCCCCGCCUCGCCGCCCGCCAUGAAGAGCCCAAAGGAGGACGCGCAGGAGCCGCCCUCAGUGGACAACGUGCAGCUGAAAGUGCCCAUCCUUCAGCAGCUUUACCAUUGGGACUGCGGCCUUGCUUGCUCCAGGAUGGUUCUGCAGUACCUGAACCUUCUGAACGACGAUGAAUUCCAGAAAGCCAUCCAGGACCUCCACUUGACAGAGAGCAUCUGGACCAUUGACUUGGCCUACCUGAUGCGCCACUUUGGAGUGAAGCAUCGCUUCUGCACGCAGACCCUGGGGGUGGACAAGGGAUACAAGAACCAGUCAUUCUAUAGGAAACACUUUGAUACAGAGGAGAACCGCGUCAAUCAGCUGUUUGCACAAGCCAAGGCAUGUCAAGUGCUGGUGGAGAAACGCACAGUGACUGUCCGGGACAUCCAAGAGCACCUGUCCCAAGGGCACAUUGCCAUUGUGCUGGUGAACGCCGUCCUGCUGCUCUGUGACCUCUGCUCCAACCCUGUCAAAUACUGCUGCUUUCUCCCAACUGGGCAGAAGUGCUUCUGCAGAAGUCCUGACUACCAGGGCCAUUUCAUUGUCUUGUGUGGCUACAGCAAAGCCUCAGGGAGCAUUUUCUACAACAAUCCUGCCUAUGCUGACCGAACGUGCAGAACGAGCAUCAAUAACUUUGAGGAAGCCAGAACAAGUUAUGGCACGGAUGAGGACAUCCUCUUUGUUUACAGAGACAGCUGACCCUUUGGAUCUGGUGGUUCCCGUCGCCACUGGCCAGCCUGCCCAGGGUCCCUCUCACAGCAAGUGACUUGUCUAAGGACGUCUGCUCCAAGACUGCAGCAGCACCACAAACAAGGGAUGCUUUGGGCCAAGGGGCCGGCAGACAGUCAGAAACACUGCUGUAUUGUGUUGAGAGCCACCUUGGAAGAAUUUGUAUCCUGAAAGGCAGGAUACAAUUACUGAAAUGAAUAUUUUAAAUUGGGAUCUACUCAUAGAUCUCUGGGUGAUUUGCAGUCGAUUGAAAAGGAUUUCAGACUUCCAGUUUUGUCAUAACAGCAACCAGAAGACUCAGAGAAAGCUUGUGGGAGAAACCAGAAGGGGAUUUUUACAUCUGGCUCCAGUAGGUGCACCUCAAGGUUCUAUUUAAAAAGAAAAAGUAGUUCUUGCAAGUGUGAAAUCUGCCUUGCCCCCUUUAAACCUACAGAGAGCAGUGUUGCUAUCCUGUUGCCAUCUUUUUAGUCUUUAUGAUGAUGAUGAAAUAGCUUGUGUAAAUUGACUGUAAUAUAUAAAUAUAUGUGUGUAUUUUUAAAUUUUGCACAUUUUGAGAAAUUUUAAAAUGCAGACUCAGACAUUUCCUGUUCGCCCUUUUUUACAGGAAUAACAGUCUCAGCAGUUGCAUCAAUACAAAGUUCAGUAAAAUGAAACUUCUCACAGAGAGGCUCAAAACAGAAAAGGACACGAGUAAAGCCUCCUUUCUUAACUGGAAAGGAUGAUCUUUCAACCGGUUAGGGAAUCUAAUGAGCAGGGAACAGGAUUAACAUCGCCAACCAGAGAUUACUGGGUUUUAGGGAAAAGGACAACCAGAGGAAGUCAUCAACCAUCUGCAAGCCAAAAUGGGUGGAUUCUCACAGCUGCUUUUGAUGCAGAAAGGGCAUUGGCCAACCAGUGACUUCUCCAUGAGGUCAGGUGGUUCUUUCUGAAUGCAUAGUUUUACAUUGUUGGCACUAGACUUGGCUGGUAGUGCUUUCAGAAGAUGGCUUCACCAUGGGAAUGGUGAAGUUAAAAGGGAUUACGGUUGUGAUGACACAACCUCAGAAAUGGUUGUAUGAAUUGGUUUUUGCACACUAUCAACUUGUUUUCAGAUAAUCUCCGUCUAACUGCUGUCACUUUCAGCAUGCUUUUUAGUGAGGGGCUGCCCAAUUGUGACUGUACAAGAAAUUAAAACAUUUUAAAAGACAAGAGCAUUACUGAGCCCCCAGUCUGGCACAAUUAGCCUUUUAUUUGUUAAGCUGAAGUGUGUCUAACACUCUCUGGGUAGACAGGAGACUCUGAAUGCAGAUUCGCUCUCUUUCCCCCCACAGGGACAAUUGACAGCUGCUUCCUGUUGCCUCAGGCAUUUUAAACUGAUGGUGAACUGUUGAAUCAGAUCCAUUUGGCCACAGAAAGCAGACCUAAACUACUAGGGUAAGCAAGUGCAACUGGCAGUAGCAUCACUACAAAGCCUGAGGGCAGCGAAGGAAACUUGGUCACAUGUUGGGAAGCUGUAAUCUGAGGCCAGGAUUGCCUUGAUAAGAUUUCUUGAGGACUUCCAGGCAACUAACAGCCUUGCGCAGACCUCCUGUUUGUAUAAUUGGAGGCAGGGAUUUUUUCUUGGCUGCAGUUCAGGCAGAUUGUAACCAGAGCCCAGACUUUCUACCUCAUCACACUAUACUCACGUUUAGGAUUCUACACUCAGGGACAGACAUGGCUUCCCUGCUGGUCUAAAAUAAAUGUUCAUAUUUUAAUAUCCACUGUGUGUUUCAUUUAAAGUACUGUGAGGUCCUGUUACUAGGCAGGGAAUUAUUAGUGAACUGUGUCAAAACUUAGCCAGAGAGGGAGGGUGCUCUAGCAGAGAAAAAGGUUUUAAGAAGAGUUAAAUUACUUCACCUCUCCUGAGGAUUUUUUUAAUACCUGGUAAGUACCAUGCAAUUUGGGCUCAAAAUCUGAUCAACCAUGAAAAUGCAACGAGAGGAGUUCUCUGUGGGACUUGUCCCCCCCCCCCAGGUGUUGUUGCGAGACUCCAGCUCCCAGCAGCCCCUCCCCCCCGUGGCUAAUGAUUAUGGGGGCUAUAGUCCAGCAACAUCUGGAGGGCCACAGGUUCCCCAUGCCUGCUCUACGUCAUGUCAAAAGCAAGCACCCCACUGCACCAGAGGUGCAACAGAUUAACAAGAAGAAAUUUCUGUCUGUGUGUGAAUGUUCCUGAUGGCAGGAUCCAGACUUCUCUCUGCCACUUGGGACUUCCUGCAGCACCUGAGAGCUCUCCCCCCCCAACCUCUCUUUUCUUUUGCAGAGGGACAACUGAGACUUAUAAGGCUCCUCAGGUCCCGCCUGUCAUCAAGUGAACCAAACCCAACUCUUUCAAGGCACUGCGGAAGUCUUUUAGUGUCAAGAAUAAGGGCACUGUAUCAUUUUAAGGCACAGACAUGUUAAUGCUGAAAGACCUUAAAUACAUCUGACUUGAACAAAGUAGACCUACUGUGGAUUCUCAGGAGAUCCAGAUUUUAGACAGGGGUUGUAGGGGUUGCACACCUCUGCUUCAAGUUGUAAUGUAGGGAAUGGGCUAGAGAGAGAGACAUUGUGUGGAUUCAGGAUAUGAGCACUAGUCAAGCAUUCAAAAGAAUGCAGGAGGCCUUACACGGGAGAGUGGGCGCAUACACGCUUCUCCCUGGCCUUUCCAUGUUGACUGGGAUGCUCUGAAGAGGGCCUGCACAUACAUCCAGCUGAAUGUGCUUACAAGCCCUCCCGCAGUCAGGAACUUUACCUUAUCAGGCUUCUCAGUCGCAAGGACAUUUGCAAGCAUGUGUAUAAAGGUCAGGAGUGAUGUGUGUGGGCCCAGGGAUGCUGGGAGUGUUGCUGGCACCUGGACACCCACUCCCCCUCUCCAAUUGAAGAGGACUAUGGUCUUUACAGGUAUCUACUGUAAGGGGGUGGGGAAUCAAAGUGUGGAGGUUGCUAAUGUGUGCAGCUGCUUGCCUUGUAUUUAUCAGAAGUACAGCAUGGGAUGUAAAUAGUCUCUUUAGCAAUGCAUAAUCAGUGUGGCCCCUCAAGUGUAUUACCAGGUCAGAGCCAGAGAAAAGCAAUGAGGAAGCAAUGAAUUCUGUGCAGAUCAUCACAAUGAAAGAGCCCAGACAACUCUCAUUUCGUUAAGAGAACUUUAGCCUUUCCUCUGGACCAGAGGGGAAUGGCUGUUUGCCGUACCUGGGCUGCUAAGAUUCAACAGGAGAGAGAUGCAAGACAGUCUUGCUGUCGGAGAACACAAGGCCCUGUGGAGAGGGAGAGGAAAAGGGGGGCAGUGAAGGUGCCCAAAGUCAGGAGAACUACGAAAGCUAUAGAUGAGCAGAAGCAGGUCUAGUUAACAAAACACACCCAAACCUCCUACUCUUCUUGUUUAUCAGGUUGUUCCAGUGCAGGAAAAUGUUUGCUAGAAGAACAGACUUCAUCAUUCUUGUCUAUUACAACAAAAGGGAUAUUUUACUUGCAGAGAAAUUUUAUAUGCGAAAUAUAUUUUGUUUGUAAUUAAGUCACUCUCAAUAAAGGUUUUAAGUUGUUAAAGCAA